AUGGGCUCAACGCACGAAACAGACCUCGUCCUCACCCAGCCCACCCCGGCCGAGCGCAUAAAGACCUACACCUCAACCUACGCAAACUGGGGCGCCGCCCUCGAGCUGGACGAGUACAUUCGCCGCGAGGCCUACAUGACCACCGUCCCCGUCUCCCGCAACGGCGGUAUCACCCAGUGGAUCCUCACCGACCCGACCUGCCCGCCCGACGCCCGCCCCAUCCUCUCGUCCUGCGAGAGCAUCCGCAAAAACGUCCUCGUCGCAAAACCCGACGGCACCGUCGUCGACGCCAUCACCCACGCCGUCGGCUCCGUCUUCACCGACCCGGCGCACCGCGGGAACGGGUACGCUUCCAUCAUGAUGAACAUGGUCGGCCCGCAGCUGGCGCGGUGGCAGGGCGCCGAGAUGAAGCGCGGGGAGACGUGGGGGGAUAUUCGGGACGGCGAGGUCGCGUGCUCCGUGCUGUACUCGGAUAUCGGCAAAAAGUUUUACGCAAAGCACGGCUGGAAUCCCUACGAGAGCACCCACCUCGAGUUUCCGCCGCAGGCAGCAGCGGCAGGAGUGCCCGAGGGAGGAGAAUCGUCAUCGCCGCGCGAGGCCGCGCCGCUGGGUUACCACGAGCUAGCGGAGCUCUGCGCCGUCGACGAGCGCCUCAUCCGCGCAAACCUGGCCAAGAAAAGCAACAAGACGCGGGUCUCGCUAAUCCCGGACCUCGACGCCAUGCUCUGGCACCUCAUGCGCGAGGACUACAUGACCAAGCACAUUUUUGGCGAGACGCCGACGGUGCGGGGCGGCGUGGUGGGCGAGCACGGGUCGAGGGUGUGGGCUGUGUGGACGAGGGGGUACUACGGCGGGCUGAAGAAGCCCGAGGGGAACACGAUGCACAUCCUGCGGCUGGCCAUCGAGGACGAGACGAGCGGCGACGAGUAUGUUCAGGAGGCUAUCGAGGCGCUGCUUAGGUUGGUGAGGGCGCAGGCGGCCGAGUGGAAGGUGAAUAACGUCGAGAUGUGGAAUCCUGAGCCCAGGAUAAGGGGCCUUAUUGAGAAGGCGGGUAUUCCGCACGAGUUUGUGGAGAGGGAGAAUGAUAGCAUUGCCAGCCUCAUGUGGUAUGGCCAGGGAGAGGUUGAGUGGGUGCUCAAUGAGAAGUUUGGCUGGUGCUGA